AUGUUCAAAGACACGAGCGACUCCCCAACCAUCAAAUGGAACAUGGUUCUCAUCUCCCUAGCCAUGUUCAUCUUCGCUACUCUAGACGUGGCCUUCGGUCUCGUCCACAACCUCGAUGCGUUUGUGUAUUACAAGGGUAACGGGGGUGCCGUUGCAGAGUUUUCUAUCGUUUCGAACUGGGUCAACGUGAUGAAAUCGGCUGACUUUUUGGCGCAAACCUCGAUCGGCGACGCAAUGCUGAUCUAUCGAUGCUGGAUUGUAUAUGGGAAGCGAUGGUCUAUCAUCAUUUUCCCUCUCGUACUAUGGACUGGUUAUGUCGUUGGCGCUUGUAUCACCUUACGCACCGAAUCUACGUUUCAACACAGCGCCUUGCUAAGCACAAGCGAGCUCAUCCCACUAAUCACCUCAACGCUUAUGCUCACUCUGGCUCUCAAUAUUAUCGUCACAUCGGCCAUCGUCUACAGAAUUUGGAGAGUCAACCAACACUCCACUGCGUUCGAGACAUUGCCAUCGUCCUCCAGUUCGACACAACCAUCCCGUGCCUUCAACAGCAACGGCACUCGCUUGUCAAGGAUCAUGCGCAUCAUAAUAGAAUCCGGCCUUAUGUACACGAUCUCAGUUGUCGUCAGUGUUAUACCGUAUCUCGCGGGGAACAACUCAUACUACGGUAUAUCGGACUGUGGAAUCUCAUUUAACCUCAUCAUCAUUCGCGUCCACAAUGGUACUGCGUUCAAAUCCACUGCGUACGCACCACAGUCAACGAUGGAUUUCCACACGACCACCGCCCGACUGGAAAGAGGUCUGCACAUUACAACUAUGACAAUGACCACUACCGCGAACGACGGCGAAAGACAAGACGGGACGCCGAUAGAGCUACCGAUGACUCCUGCAGGCGUAGAGGACGAUCGGAAGAGCUGGAGCAUUCUUCGCAGGGGCACCAUGUGA